AUGGAUAUGCCGAUGCAAUGGGUCCAUAAAUCCGACAAGUCAAAAGGAAAACGAGAGCCGAGGGCAAUCCGGAGGCAACCGGGACUAGAACCUGACCACCACCCUGUCAUCAUUGCCUUUGGUGACCCUGAUCUAAAGCCUUCGGUGAAAAGUUUGGCUCCAGUUCCUGUGAAGGUCAGACAGGAACUCGCCAAAAAGGCGCUCGUAUUGUGCGUGAACGAGAACAAAACCAGCAAGAUUUGCAGCAACUGCGACUCGACCACGACGGAAUUCCGGGAUCCAAAUGACGAUGAGGAUACGAUUCCAUGGGGAUCGCCGACGUCGACGCUGAUGCUUAAAUGA